AUGAGUAGAUCGCACAUCCGAGUGGACGUUAACACCAGGACCACGGUCCUUUGGUCCGCACGUCAGAUACCGCUCGGAGUCCCACUACCAUCGUACGGUCCUCCGUCCAUCUUCGAAAAGCUUAAGACUCGCAAGACCGCCAUGGGGGCCACCUUGCUCGACAUCAUACAGUCCGGCGUGGAGAACCUUGACAGCGACGUCGGCCUGUGCGCCCCGGAUGCCGAGUCGCACACGCUGUUCGCCGGCCUGUUCAACCCGGUGAUCGAGGACUACCACGGCGGCUUCAAGGCGACCGACAAGCACCCGCUCACGAACUUCGGAGACCUCAGCACCUUGGCCAAUGUGGACCCCGACGACCAGUUCGUCGUUUCCACCGGCGUGCGCUGCGGACGCUCGCUGCAGGGCUACCCUUUCAACCCGUGCAUGACGGAAGCCCAAUACCGCGAGAGGGAGGAGAAAGUGAGGUCGACUCUGCGUAUGCUGGAGGGCGAGCUGAAGGUCACCUACUACCCGCUGGACAAGACGCAGCAGCAGCUCAUCGACGACCACUUCCUCUUCAAGGAGGGCGCCCGCUUCCUGCAGGCGGCCAUCGCUGCCAUCAAAACCACCAAGACGCAUUUGAGAAGUGUGUGCCGCUACACACACGAAAAACACUUCACUGGGAAAAGUUUCAAAUUGACUACACUGGCACUUCAGUUACCGGAACAGACUCUCAUCAAAAUAUUCUCGUGA